UGCGUUGUGUUGUUGUUGAAGAAGCAAACAAACACCAUAUCCACCCACUCUGCAUCAUCACCCUAACUCACCUUCACCACCCACGACAACACAGCACAACACCGCCAGACACAAACACACUUCCAGUUUUGAAACGCAAGUGCAGCCAGCAGAGGCAGAGAGCGGUCGGUAGGUGGCAAGCAUCGUUGCGCCUUCACGGCCGGCAGCAGCAACAGUCAUGACAAGGCCACGCCCUUCUUCACUGACAACGGCUUUGUUGUGGGCCACAGCGGUGGCCUGCGUCGUCUGCGCUUCCACGGUUCACGCUCGAUCGGCACAUGCCAGAGACGACAGUGUUUGGGACACGGCGGCCUUCGUCACCGGAGAGACCCACAGCCACGACGGCGUCGAGGAUGCAGUCGAUGCUGGUGCAAGCGCUUCCCUGGCGUCGUCGGCGUCUGCACUCAUUUCGGUGCUGGUUUUGCUUGCCCUCGUUGUGCUGGUGAUCCUGGGCAACUUCACCAGCCGGCGGACGUCUGGGGCCGGGAGACAGGAUCGCGGCGGCGCACACCAGUAUCCUCAGCACGGAGGGCCUCCGCCACAGUUCCACGGCACCCACCCGCCAACCAACGGCGUUUACCCGCCCAGCAGCGGCGGCGCAAUGGCUGACAACAUUGUGUACGAUGACCCCGACAAGGUUGGCGCUCCGAGCCAGGCUGCGCCUCCUCUGGUGCCGCCCACGCUCGGCCCGCGACCGACGAUGCAACAGCCCACGGCGGCACCACCACCGAUCACGCCCGUGGCGCCGCCGUCCUCGGCGCCCCGCGUUUUGGAGAAGUAUUUUGUGGUGCUUCAGGGUGAGUACAAGGAGGUGACCAAGGACGAAGCAGCGGUGCAUGCUCAGCAGGGCCACCGCGUCUUUACGCAGGCAAACAAGGAGGACGCAGGGCAGGACAUUUACGAGGCCCUUCCAGACUCGCACGCCCUCUACUCGACAGUGACAAAGCGCAAGCCCACAGAUCCGCCGGCGGACCUGUACUCCACACCAAUGAAGUUUCAGCAACAACAACAACAGCAGCAGCAGCAGCAGCAGCAGCAGCAGCAGCAGCAGCAACAACAACAACAGCAACAGUUUACAGUCGUUGCUGCGCCGCCGUCGAUACCGCCACACCGGCAGCCGCCGCCAACUGCCCCGGAUGCGCUUUAUGUCAACUGCGUUCCCGACCAGCGGCAGGCGGCACCGCAGUCGCAGCCGUUCAAGCGCGGGCUCGACCUCACGUCCAACGCCACGCUCCUGGCGUGGAUGCAGCAGGACAGGACCCGCAACGAGGCCGACGUCCUUCUCGAGAGCUCGUCCUAUGGCACGUUCAUGUUCCGCAUGCGCAACUCGAAGCUUGCGCUGUCCAUGCGGGCGCCAGGCAAGGUCGCCCACUUCCGCGUCAUCCACGAGCGCGGACAGGUGCACAUUGACCACGGCGAGGAGGAUGUUGCAGACAACAAGUUCCCAAACCUCGACGAGCUGGUUGCGUUUUAUCGCCUGCACGAUCCUGAUGACCGCGGUGGCCUGCCCUGCCGCCUCACCACCCCGCUCGCGUUCCACCAAUAG